GCGGGGCACGCUGAGCCUGCGGUGUGCGAGCGGAGCGAGUCACCGGGAGGUGCCUGGGGAGGCAGGGGGCGAGUGUGACUCUGUGUGAGCGUGUGAGCAAGCACCGGGGUGUGUGUGCGCGUGGAAGGGCCCAGGUUUCUCUAUGUGUGUUGUGUGUGCGGGGGCACACGGCCUUGCGGGCGGAGGGGCUCCCUGCACAGCCCGCCCUGCGUGUCCGAGCUCACUGGUGCUCGGCGUUCGGCGGGUGGAAGUCGCUGUCCCCCCGGGUGGUUGGAGCGGAGCCGGCGCUCUCGGUGCGCCCGGGCUGCCGGCUCCGGGGCUGUGCGGGGCGAACAACGGCUCCGUGCGCGGCGAGGAGAUGCUGCGGUCUGUGUGCCUGCAGGGAAGAGGGGAGGUCUCAGGGAAUCGGGCAUUUGUCCCCUGUGUCGGUCCAUACGUGCCUUUACGAUGGGUAAUUGCAGUUGGUGUGUCCGGAGCAGGGUGUGCAGGGUGAGGGGAGCGCUUGAGUUCGCGCUCGGGGGAACGAGAGCUCCGUGUUGUGGUUGGGUUGUACCUUCAAGGGUGUCUGAUCCCUUGCGGUAAAAGCUGUAUCGCCUGGGGUAUCGCCGUCCCCGCUCAGCGGGAAGGUUGUUCAAAGUGCGGGUGCGAGGGAUGUGUGAGCAUCCAGCAGUGAGUGUGGAGGGCUUGGUGUGUUCACCGUGUUGGAUAUCGUGAGUGUGGGCCUGGAUUUACCCAGGCUUUUAGGUGAAGUAAAUAUGGAGGCGUUUUUCUGUAUGCUUCCUGGAAAACAAAGCUACCUUUUCCACGGAGGUUCUCUCAUAUUGUGGCUCAUCUCCAUUUGCUUGUGGGGUUUUUUGCUGCUGGGGUAGUUGCUGAAAGUGGAUAAUUUUAAACAAUGUGCUAGACGAAAAUAUUACUGGGAGGCCCAGGAUCUUUUGUUCACAAAUAGUAGUGGCUUUUGAAAAUGUUGUUUGAGUGAAUUGAUGCUGGGGGGGGGUUGUUUUGGGCCUUUUCUCUCUCCGUGGGUUAUGAAUAGCUGGCAUAUUGUUUGGAAUAGGAAACUGUCCGUGGUGGUACCUGGAAAUAAAAAGAAGUUAUAUGAAAUAAUGGAAGCUUCAGUUUUCUAUGUAGUAGCAUAAAAAUGUAUUUAGCAUUGUUGUUGGUCACUGCUUUGUGUAGCUAUUUAAGAACCAAAGCACUAGGCAUGUAGGCAGUCUGUUAUUAAAAAGACUUUCUGUAUCCUGAAGCUGGAGCAUCAAGGGUCUGUACUUUUUGUUUGCUUCUAAUUAUUGCUGUGUGCAUUUUGGUAGGGGUUUUUUGUCCAUCUAUUUUGAAUCUCAACGUUUGAGUCAGAGCUGUCUACAGUGAUCUUGUCUCUGUAUUGUAGGAUGUAGUAGAGUCCAGUUAUUUCCAUCAGGAUUAAAUUGUUAUUGUGAAUAGUGGUGUGAAAAUGUUUUUAAGGGCUGUCUCUGGCAAAAAUAGCUUUACUACUUGCUGUCUGAAAUCCUGUACUAAAGAGUUAAACUGUAUCUGUGUAAGUACCGUCUCGGGAGAAUCCUGAUUUAGUGUAGUCCUGGUUUGUGAAUGAAUCCUGGUGAAACUUGAAUUUUAGAUGUCUUUCAAAAGGUGCUUUUAAAAAAAGACCUGUAGUCUGUAUUUUGACUUGAUCUGUAGAAAUUUUUGUCAAGUGGGUAAAUGGUGUUCUGCUGGUGAAUCAUGGACAUCCUUGACAGUGUCAGUGUGGCCUGGAGCUCCAUGGGGAAUUAGCAGCUGCCCCAGAGGCAACAGUCAUGCAGUAACUGGUAUUUCUGAAACAGUUCUCCCUGUUUCACAUACAAAUAUCCCCAUGAACAAGGCUCUGGACUGAGGAGAUGGGGGCUUGGGUCACAAAUAUUUCCAGGGUUUCACUUUCUGUUUUAUGUAAGUGACUCUGAAAUUCAAUUCUGUGGUGCUUGAAACAAAUGCUUUAAAAACACAGUCUCUGGCCAGUGUGGAUGUAAACAAUUUCUUUUCCAUAUCACCAGCCCUUAGGCAGUAGGAUCUGCAGUGUUACUGUAAACCCAGAAUAUUCUAUCUUUAUAUCAGUAAAGUCAGCAAGAGCUAUGUUGAAGCACAACUUCUGUUGAUUUAUCAAAAAUAGCUUGGGAAUUUAUUUUGCAUCUAACUUACAUAAUGGCUUGCCAAUACUUAAUUUGCAAAUACUGAGGCAUCUUUUUUGUAUUUUAAAUUAUGUGUCUAAAGCAUAGUGACCAUAUCUGGCUGUUUAGCUAUUUUUGUUUGUUUUUAACUGUGAAUUGUCCUUGCCACACUUUGGCCAGGAAAUCCUUAUUUUAUUAUUUAUCUGAAUUUGUCUUCUGGCUGCCCAAACAGAUCUUGUGCUGCUUUUAAUGAACUUCUGAAGAGAAAAUAAAAUCAUAGUUCUUGAGAUAUCAAGAGAUAUCUUGAAUAUUGCAGUAAUUUUAUGUGUAACUUUGCUUCUGUCUGUAUGAACAGCAUUAGGCCGCCUGGCAGUUAAGUAAUUGAGUCUAUCACAUCAGUGUAAUCACAGUCUGCUUAGCUGAAGAGUUCUGUUUGCUGUUUUGUUUUUUUUACAGAUAGUUCAGUCUGACAGUAUAGCACGGAACCUAAGACAACCUGUGCCUUUAACGAUUUUGCCCCUUUUUGGUGAGCACCUUUAAGAAAUGAAUUUAGUAAAUAGGGAAGGUGCGUGAUCGACAGCUCCAGAAAAUGCAGUGGUGCCAGCAGGCUUAUUUGUUUAUGGCUUUGUCACAGCAGCUUCAAUUCCCACCUCUUAAUUCUGAGGGAACUCCCAGGCAAUUAUAAGUAGGUGAAUGAUUGCCUGUAAAUAGAUGAAUGUUGAAAUUUCUCCUUUCUCACCUCUGCUUUGUCCUCAUAGCCUGGAGGAGUAACACCAAGUGUAUUCCAGUAUGACGGGAGUGAGACCUCCUGUCAUGGCCAGUACCAUAGUCCAUAGCAUUGUUAUAGAGACCAUUGUCACCGUCACUUGCAUGUCUUUGACUUUUUUUACAUCCUAUUUCUGGCCUUGCUAAGGUAUAUUGUCAUUCAUGUGAUUACAGAUCAAACCCCCAAGGCUUAAUACUGAGUGUGAAAUGCAUAAGCAUGUUAAUUUAUAAUGCAGUUCUGCCUCUACAGUAUGCGCUUCUAAACCAAUUAUAUUUUCCUUUCUGAAUAAAAUUAUUUGUGUUGGUGCAGCCAAUGUUGAUUAAAUUGAGGACAGUGGUAACUGAAGAGCAACAACAAUCCAAUAUUCAGCUAAAAAAAUAAGCAUUCAUAUAGGAUGUAUAUCUUAAAUCUCGGUUACAUUCUGGAAAUCAAAUGCCUUGCAAAAUGUGGUUCUUCAGCAGCAUUUCCUUCAGAUUUGAACAAAAAGAGGAGCUCUGAUUCUAUGUUUUUUGGAGCAGAGGAGUCAGUGUUUAUGCUCUGAAAUGCAUCUGAUGCAAAUCUGGAAGUGACGCAGUUUAUAAACAAUUAUGGAAGUUUUCCACAGGGUUCUUACCGCCUGUCCAGUGUUUGGGCAAAGCAGAAAUGAGCUGUGUGUGCUUGAGGCUUUCUUGCUGAGGGCCACUGUAAUGGAUCCUGGUUAAGGAUACUUGGUGUGAUGGGCAAGUUCAGUGACUUGAAGAUCUUUCAAAGAACAGAUUUACUGAAAUUCCUCCUGAUGUCUGGCUGUUUGCACCACUGGAAACUUUAAAUUUGUAUCACAACUGCAUCAAAUCCAUUCCAGAAUCUAUUAAAAACCUGCAAAUGCUUACCUACCUUAACAUUAGUCGAAAUCUUUUGUCAACAUUGCCAAAAUAUCUGUUUGAUCUUCCACUGAAAGUUCUGGUUGUCAGUAAUAACAAGCUGGUCUCCAUUCCAGAAGAAAUUGGAAAGUUGAGAGAUCUAAUGGAGUUGGAUAUUAGCUGUAAUGAACUUCAGGUUCUUCCCCAGCAAAUAGGAAAAUUGCAGUCACUUAGAGAAUUGAACAUAAGAAGAAAUAAUCUCCAUAUGUUGCCAGAUGAAUUAGGAGACCUUCCCUUGGUAAAGCUGGACUUUUCUUGUAAUAAAAUUACAGAAAUUCCCAUUUGUUACAGAAAGUUACGUCACUUACAAGUUAUAGUUUUGGAUAACAAUCCAAUGCAGAUACCACCAGCACAGAUAUGUUUAAAGGGCAAAGUACAUAUAUUUAAAUUCCUCAGUAUUCAGGCGUGCCUCAGAAUAGAUAAAAAACCGGAUUCCUUGGAUCUUCCAUCAUUAGGUAAACGAAUCCCCUCCCAGCCACUCACAGACAGCAUGGAAGACUUUUAUCCCAAUAAAAACCAUGGACCAGACUCUGGCAUUGGAAGUGAUAAUGGGGAUAAAAGGUUGUCCACUACAGAACCAUCUGAUGAUGAUACAAUCAGCCUUCACUCCCAGGUGUCAGAAUCAACAAGGGAACAGACAUUAAGGAAUGACAAUCACGUAAUGGGAAGUAAACUGGAUCCGCAGAAAGACCAAGAGGCGUUUGACUACAUUGAUCCCAACACAGAGGAGGGAGCUCUUCCUGAGCAGGGAGAUGCACAGAUUGUCCCCCUGCUCUCCUAUGUCAAGGAACGGGGAAAACAUCCUGAGAAAUCCCAGAAAAUAGAACAAAACGAGGACUGGGGAGAUGAAAAAAGACUUCAGAAAGAACAGCUGCUGGCUGAAGAUGAUGAUGAACUCAAAGAAGUGACUGACUUGAGAAAAAUUGCAGCUCAGUUGUUGCAGCAAGAACAAAAACACAGACGAAGGCCACUAAGCUAUAGAACUUCAUUCAGUGAAAAGCUCUUCCAGAGGACCAGGGCGGCAGGACGUGCAUCAAGGCUUCUUAAUCAUUCAGUUUCAGUAAACACAAGGAACAGGCCAAAGCAGCCAAUGGAAUCUGAAAAAUGUGUUUCAACAAAUGAAGUGAAUUCCUCAGUGUCCCCAUACAGCUGGCAGCCACUGGAAAACCAGAAGGAUUCAGUGGAUGAGCAGCACUGGCCAGAAACACAGCCAGUAAUCUGGCAGAAUGAAGAAAGAAGGAGAAGUAAACAAAUUAGAAAAGAGUAUUUCAAGUAUAAGUCUUCCAGAAAGAGUUCAAGUGGAAAUGAAAAUGAUGAGCAAGACAGUGAUAAUACUAAUGUGUCCCCACAGUCUCCUGUGUCGUCUGAGGAUUAUGAAAGGACAGAUAGUAACACUCAUGGUCCAUUUGGUCUCAAACCAAGGUCAGCUUUCAGCCGUGCCUCACGCCAGGACUACGGUGCAGUGGAUCCUGGGUUUACUAUGAGGAGGAAAAUGGAACAUUUAAGGGAAGAGAGGGAACAAAUCAGACAGCUUCGCAGUAAUCUUGAAUCCAGGUUGAAGGUAAUUUUGCCAGAUGACAUUGGAGCAGCAUUGAUGGAUGGGGUGGUUCUUUGCCAUUUAGCCAACCACAUAAGGCCACGUUCUGUUGCCAGCAUUCAUGUCCCAUCACCAGCAGUGCCUAAACUCAGCAUGGCAAAAUGCCGAAGAAAUGUUGAAAACUUUCUUGAUGCUUGUAAAAAAUUGGGCGUUCCACAGGAGAGACUUUGCUUGCCUCAUCACAUUCUGGAGGAAAGGGGUCUGGUGAAGGUUGGCCUCACAGUUCAAGCUCUGCUUGAGUUGCCUGCAUUGAAAGUAUCUCAGCUUUCUUCCAUCUGACACGACUUCUUGGUAGCUUCCCAUUUGGUCUGUUAUGGAUUUCUCUGAGGCACUUCAGCCUCCUACAAGGGAACACCCAAGCCAUCAAAAACUAAAACCUGUCCAGAUGCUGUAGAGAGCCUUACUUUGGAGCUGUGUAUGAAAACCUUGGGGUCAGUUCACAGUUAAAAGAACAUAACUGUUCUUUUUUUUUGCUUUUGUAAUUGGAUGUACCAAGAGAAUGUGGUAGCAUCAGGUUCUCUUUCUAUUUAAGUUAAAAGCUGCCAUGUAACAUCUCAGUGUUAGAGUUAAAUGCUGGAUUUCUUUUUUUACAUUGAAAACGUUGUUUGAAUUACUUUUGAAAGUACAAAGCACACCCCCCCCCGUCACUUUAAUUUUUUGAGUCAAUCAUUUGAUUUAAAGAUAAGUCAAAAAUGUAGCGAUGGUAUGAUGGUAAAAAUGUGAGCAACUGAUCACUUGUAAUCCCCUUUCACUCUCUGAAAGCUUAAUAUUUGUGUUCUAAUAUUGUUUUUUGCACUCCUGAUUGUAACUUACGCACUUCUGAUAUUGCCAGUAUUGAGUCUGAGUGUCUGGUGAUUACACAGAACAGGAUACAGUGGGAAAAGGACACAGUUUAUUGAGUUUUUCCAGUCUUCUAGGUUGGUGCCAAAUAUUUUUUUUCAGUUGUACUGUAGAUUGUUUACCUGUGAAGUGCCUGUGUAAUUGAUAACUCUUAAUAGUCUUAAACAUUUUUGAAGUUUCUUUGUUUAAAAUAGAUAAAAUGGAAUUUUUAAAAUAUUUUAAUAGUUUUUUUGUAAAAUCAGUAUGUGAAGAUUUAAGUAAUACUUCACAUUUUUGAUGUUGUGUGUUUUAAGUUUGUUGCACAAUUUAAUUGUUGUCUAAUAAUUAGAAAAUACUGUAAAUACUUUUUAUUUAUGCUAUUUAAUUUGAUAAUACCUAAUUACUUUUUGGUUUAUUGUAUUGUUGGAAAAAAACAAAGUUGUCUACUUUUCUUUCUUUGGGACAAACUAAUACACAUGAUGAAUAAGACAUGAGGACUAGUGAUUCAUACAGAGUAAUUUAGGACAUUUUGAUAAAACUGCCAAAAUCUCAGGUUUACACUAUGAUGUUCAGGAUUUUGUGUAAUAUUGCUCCUGAUCUCACAUGACAUUUUUACAACAGGUAUAUCCAUAAUUUAGCUGGAAAGUAUCAGUGUUUAUCUUUUUAGCGUUUGCAAGGUUUAUUGUGUAAUUUACAUGAGUGUGGCAUUAGCACACAGGUCAGUUUGUACAAAUGUCACUGUGCUGAGACAUUGGAUCAAUGGAUAAAUGUGAAAACAAAACAUUUCCACUGUGGUGUUUUUUUGAACCUUCUGAGUUCAUGUAUAUGUUUGCUUCUGAACAAAUUCUUGGCGUGUUGAACCAUACACAGUUGAGUUCUUCUCCAAACAAGUUGCAAAUAACUUCAUAAUUUUGGUAGUAGGUCUGUUUGUAUUAGUUUGUUCUUCAUGAAUAGGUAGCUCAAUUUAAAAAAUGUUCUGACUGCCACAGAUUUUCUAUUUCAGGCCAAGUUAUUUUCAGUUAAGGGAUAUGUUUGCCAGGCAUGUGACAAGAUUUGAUUCUGUUCUUUCCAGUUGACCAAGACCCUGUGUAAGAUAAUUCAUUAAAAAAUGAGGGAGGAGUAUUGUCUGUUGUACUGUAGUCUUAUAGGCAAUAGCUGACAGGAAAAGUAACCUUUUUCUGAUGAUAAGUUUAAAAAUACCACUUAGUUUUAAAUCCAUUGAAACAAGUUUGUGUAAAUGUAAUAGCUAAAAUCCACUAUUGUUCAUAUAGUGUUGUCUUAAAACACAGCUGAUGGAGAGGCUGGUGUAUAAGUUAGUUUGCAAAGUCCUAGAUAUAAAUCUUAGGUUAGAUAAAUACGUGUUUAAAGAAACUGAAUUGCUUUGACAUUUGAAAUAUUAUAUUUCAAAUCUAUCUCUACUUGGUUCUUUUAUCUCUUCUAAUGGUUAUUUUAACAACUUCAGUCUCUAUUUUCAUUAAUGUCAUUAUCUGAAAAGUCAUGCAAAAACUAAUGAAAAAGUUAUAAUUCACUAAGCAAAAUGCUUGCCUGUUACAUGUAAAAAACCCAGCCUCUCAAAAAGAAAAAAUCCUUAUCUUUCAAUUCACUGUUGUUGCUACUACCAGAGCAAAGUUCUAGUUCAAUGCUAGCCAUGGAAGUGCUAACUAUAAAUUGUCACUUUGUUAUUUGAAAACUGAUCUCCACUGCUAUUUCAUUGUCAUACUUUAAAACAUUUUCUGAUCUUAAGGUAACAUUUUUCCUUGGUUUUUUUUUUUCCUGACUACUUAGGGGUUUCGCAAACUCAUUAGUAAGUUGAAAACUGGAAAUGAAACUUAUGUAUUCAUUUUAAACUGAAAUCUAAAACAUUUUCUUUUUAGUGCUCUGCAGUUCUUCCCCACAGACUUGCUAGCAACAGUCUUGCUUUGCCAUUCCUUGGAAAUUAUUAUGGCUGCCUUCUUGCUUAUGGGGGAGGAUAAUCCCGAUUCUUCCAAGGUUUCCCUUUAAGCGUGGCAGAGAUUAAACCUUCAAGUAGCCUUAGGAGCAGUCUGAGAAAGGAUCCACUGUGCUUGGGUGAAUCUUUUUCUCAUCUCUAACUGCAUUUACUACUACUACAAUAAUAAUAAUAAUAAUAGUUUAAAGCCUUGCUAACAUUGGCUUGUACUAUUGUGAUUUCUUUAACAGUAAUUUCAAAAAUGAUGCUAAAAAGAUUUGAGUUUGAAGUUUUCAUUUCCAGGUAGCCUGUGGAGAUAGUUGUGUCUUCUCUGUACGAGAAUUUGCAAAUACUCAUUUCCUUUUCCCCUUUCCUGUUGAUUCCCAGCAUCUUACUUAUUUUUGUUCAUUCUCAGAUCUAGUGCUUUGAGGUGGUUAGUUACUCUGGGCCACUUCCCUUCUUCCUCUUGAAUUUUUGUAAGAAAUUGUUCCAGUGGCACUGAUGAACCAUUGUGAUUCCAGAAUCCAUGCUCCAAACAUUUCCAGUGUUUGAGAUACCCAUUUUCAGUUUUGUUUAGGAUAUGAUGCCAUUACUUAGUACUUGAUACAGCUGAUAGGGUGGGUAAAAACAGAGGUCUGCUCAGUUCCUGUUGCACUCAUUCUGUUUUCACUUAAAACGUGAAGAAAAGUCAAUAUUAAAAGCAUUAAGUUUUCCUAAUAAACUUUGCAAUAAUGUGGCAUCAACUGUAAAUUACAGAGUGGAUCAGCAUAGUGGCAGGGCUUCUGGCCUUGUGUAUUUUCUGUGUUUUAUGUCACUGCAUGCAGUAUGUCACAUGUGACUGAUCUUUCACUUGAGCAAUAAUGUCCCAGAUAUGGUGAGGUCUUACAGCAGUGACAGUAAAAUAAUUGUUGUGAAGUGUGGUGUCUUCCCAGAGAGUAUCUCAGAAAUGCUUUUCAUCUGUUCUCCAGCUCUGCUAGUCCACUGUGCUCACUGGGGCACUGCUGGGGAUGCAGAAACCAUCCAGACCCCUGAUCUGGAGGCCUUCCAAAAUCUAACCAAGAACUAUGAGCAUAAAAUAAGGAGGAAUGGAUUUGAAACAAUAAACAACUGACAUGAAUCAUAAAUUCACUUUUUUUUUUUUUUUUUUUUUAAUCCUAGGCUUUACUGAAGUCAAGGCAGGUUUUACCCUUGACUUCAGUAGAUUCUCACCUUUUUGAUUUAUGGUCUGCACCUGAGCUGGAGACCAUAGCAAACAUGGCUUAAACUUGUUUGACUCUAGCAAACUUUAGUCUCAGAUUCUUGUCUAAAAUAGUGACCUCUGGUAAGUCAAAUGAAGUUGUAAAAUGUUACGUGGAUUCAUUUAAUAAAAAAUUUCUGAUAAGGCAAACAGUAUUUAAAAGGUAAGAAAAAUUACAUUGAAGUGAGGUGGGAAGGUGGUGUUACCUCAAUAAAAUUGUAGGUGAGGACAACCAUUAGGUUUUUACUGCACUAAAAACUUCAUUUCAAAUACCAUAUAAUUUAGUGACGGUCUCAUCAGAUUUUGACAUAAAUCUGUAGCUAAAUCCAAACAAAAAUGAAGAUGUCUGUUUUCACUAUAAUGGAACUUUAAUGUGUCAUGAUGGUACCGAAGAGAAGGACGAAGGUCUGGCACUUCUUCCCUUUGCCGAUUCCUUAAGUGUCUAUUUGAAAGGCUGAUUCUGCUGAUUUCAACCGAAAACAACCUGCGGGAGUUUUUAGCCCUUCUGCAGAUAGGAGAUGUGGCUUGGUAUUGGCAAAUCAAAUGUCACUUUUCCCUAACCAAAUCAGGCUAAUGUCUGUGUUUCUGUUAGAGGAUCUCUACUAGAAAAGCAGAAGUAAAUAAACACACCCCAACACACACAAUUUAGAAAUUAAGAGAAUUAAGAAUUGGAAUUAAGAAAAUGUCAUUAAGACCAGCAAUGGGAAAGGCAAAGUAGAGUUGUCCAAGCAGAGAGUGCUCUGAAUUGAUUUCACAGUGAAUCACUUUAGGAAAAGCCUUCAGUCUCAGUACAGAGGGACGUGUUACGUAGCUGAAGGAUGAGGAUCCUGGAGUGUGUGGAGCUUUCAGGAGAGCUUAGAACAACAAGGGAUUUGCCAGCUUUGUGUUCCCAGAGCCCAUUUGGUUUGGACAGCUGUGUCCCAGUGCUGCAGGAAGCGUGGCUGAUGGUGCAGAGGUGCGGCACUGCCCGUGCCCAGCCCUGGGCAGGGGACCUGGCAUGUGCCACUUGUGCUCCCCUGCCUUUGUGCCAGUGAGGCUGUGCAGGACAACUGCUGACAAAAACACCUCCUUGCUCUUAAAGAGAUGCUGCAACCUAAACAAAACCACCAAGUGAUAAUUAGAGAGUAAUCACUAAUAGAUAUUCAGCAAUAUUUAACUUUCCCCAGCAGUGGGUGAUGUAGUGAGGCAGAGGAUACUUUUGCUGUAGGAACUUUUCUGACUGAAAAUUGCACUGUGGCUCUGAACUGGUUAAUGUGGCCCUCGUGCACUUUCAGGAGGAAAUGCAAACAGUACUGCUGGGUUUGUUCCAUAUGCAACACACUGGGUCGUGUGUCAUUCAUUUACAGACAGAGGGACAGGUAAACUGUCUGUUCUUAAUGAGAUAUGUUAUGGUACAAGUUUGUUUUGGAAAAUAUGAAGAUAAAUUUCUCUUUUCCUGUGAAGAAAAAUUCUGCUGAUCUUCACUGCUUAGAGAAUACAUGUGAUUAAUUGAAUUUUAAACUUGCUGCUGCACAGAAGCAGUUCUGGCUCCUGUUUGUUACAUAAUAUAAAAUGCCCUUUGCUUUAUUUGUCUUUAAGUAUUUCACAUAGUACAAUUUUGCUAACAUACUAUUUUAAAAUUGUGAUUAUAUGAAGUGUUUGUUCCUUCAUUGGGUUUGACCAUUAUUUUUUCAGCAUGAGAGGCAAAGGGCAGCAAAAUUUCUGCAAGCUGCUUGGUCAGUUUUAGGGAAGGCACACCAGUUAUAAAAUGACAUCUAAUUAUCAUUAUUAGUUCAAAUUAUAUAUAGCCAAUUGCAUUUUCAAAAAAGAUUUUUCAGAGUGUUUUUUACAUUUUAGAAUCCUAAUCUUUAAGCAAGCGAAAACCAAAAAUUUUUUCCAUGGACAGCAAUUAAAUUGUUUUGGAAAAAUUUUGAUUUUGGCAGUGUUAAAUUUGCAGUUGAACUUGAUCCACUUGAAGUCUCUUCCAACCUAAAGAAGUCUAUGAUUGUAAGGCUUCAACGAGACCAGAAUUUCCCUCCAGAGUUUUGUAACUCAGUUACUGCAUAAAGUCAGUAAUUUAAAUUAAAUUCUUGGCACUAAGGAGAGUUUCUUCACUUCAUUCCAAGUUAAGUGAAAUAAGGCAAACACAACUUUUUCCAUCAUAGUUUUAUAAAGGCAGAUUGUAAAAUAGAGAAUAUUUGGAAAUGCCACAAGGAUACCUUUUUGCUUUGUUUCAUUUUAAAAUGAUUGAACCAGUGAAAUAUCUCCAGAAUGACUAUGUCUGUGUAGGGUUUGGUUGUGCCAUACCUGGCACGGGAACUUGCAGUAACAGUUCAGUAUUAAUUUGUAUUCUGAAGCUGUGCAGGACUGUGCUUUUCACAUGGAGCUGCUGAUGCACUUGUGUUUGCUGAAGGGAUGUGAUACCUGAAGCAAAUUCCUGCAGCUGUGGGAGUUCCUGGCUGUGGCACCAGCAGCAAGGCAAGGCUGAGAUUCCCAGGAGGAAUGCACACAGGUGGAAUGAAAAAGAGCGGGUUGGUGGAAUACAUUGGGAGUAAUGUGAAUACUUUUUACUAUUGUGGAAUGUCUAGAACAAUGAAAAUGUGAUUGCUUUGCAAUUAUCAUUCAGUUGGUAUUCAGUUAUUUUAUUUUGUAACUUGUAGUUAUAAAACUCAGAAGAUGCAAUGUAACCAAAUGGUCAACAUGUAAAUGUGUGCAGGAUGUGGCAGAAAUAGUUCUGAGGGCACAGCAGGAGAGUGAUCAUUAAAAAUAGAUGCUCAAAUUGUGUAUAUACUUGCAAAGUUUUCAAUAGUGCAUUUCAAUUGAUUUUGCAUUUCAUGUUCUUGUAAAGUGCAUAUUUCAUACUUUUGAAGAUUGUCUACUUGUACUAUACAGUAUUAAGCCUUUUUUCAGGAUUUCCAUUAUUGCUGGAGCUUCCAACAUACAUGUUUCUUUCGAAAAAUGUUCUUACUGUUAUUUUGUUUUUGUAAAUACCGUUUUGUAUUAAAUUUGCAUGGAUAAACCCCACAUUUCCAAAACCCAUGUACAUACGCUGUGUAUAAAAUACAAACUGUUUCAUAAUUUUCGUGUA